CCCAAUACUUAAUUAAUUAAUUAAUCUCCAACGGUCGAAAAUUUGGUAAAACCCCACCGACGCCACCAACGUUCGCUCUAUCUCCCGCAACGGUUACUUCUUCUUCUUCCACUGUCCACCUCUUCAGCUCCAAAACCCAACAAAACCCCCCAAUCUCUCUGUCUUCCUCUCUCUCUUGCAGUGGUUGUUGUACAGCUCGCUUUCUUUCUGGGUUUUUGUCUGUGAGAGUUAUGGAACCGGCAAAAAUCGAUUGGAAAAGUUUGGAGUGGAGAUUCACAGAGGACAAAUACUACGAGCAAAUAAACGCCCCCAAGUGGUUCGAUUUCUUGAACCCCAAUGACAACUCCGUCGACGAUCAGACCUGGUUCUGCCGCCCCGAAUGCAAGCAUCCGAAGACGGCUGAAGAUUUUCUCAAGUCAUCACCUCCCAAGGUUCCGAGAUCAGCUGUUGUUUCUGAAGUUUCUCCACUUGGUGAUAAAAUCCAGAGAGAUGUGAGGUUAAAGAGAAGGGGAUUGAAGCAAUCUUCGAUUUACCCGACUAAUAACUCAAGAUUCAAGGAAGAUGGUGAAAAUCAGAACCCCAAUUUAUCAACCCCUCCAAUGAACCAAGCUAAGGCCAUGAAGGCAACAAUCAAAUCAAGCACAGAGAAGAAGCAACCAAUUGAGAGCACACCGCCAAACAAUGAGGUGCUUCCGAAGCUGAGAAGCACGCUGUCUGCAACGAAUUUAUUUGCGGGGAGGGACAUUCUGAAUCAGAUUACAGACUUCUGUUCUGAAUUGAAGAGAAUGGCGAUGAGAGCGAGGGAGAGAGAGGAUGUGGAGAAUUCGGAUGUGAGGAAAAGCCCAGCGGGUUUGAAGGAAGAGGUAGUGAAGAAUGAGGAGUGUAACAGUGAGGUUUUAAGGGAGUUGAAAGGGAGGGAAACAGAGAGAAUGCCACUGCUUGAGGUGGGUAAUGGAAAAACUGAGAGGCAAACUGAGACAACUCCAUUGCUGGAGCUUAAUAUAGUGAAAAAUGAGAGGCAAGCGGAGAGAACGCCAUUGCAUGGGGUAAGCAAAACAAACGCUGAAGGAAUGGAGGGGAGCAAUACCGAGGAGAAGCCGACGAGGAAGAAAAGAGAUGAUGAGACAGAGAACGUCCCCAUUCCCUCUAAGUUUAGCGAAUGUCAAGCGCAAAGGAGGCGAGAGCUUGUUGCAAAUCCGCACCAACCCUCCCUCUCCUCAAUGCUUUUCUGCCACAAGGCCCUCCAGCAACAUCACACCUUCAAAAGCUUCCAAGUCUAAGCUGAUGGAACGGGGAAUCCUUGGAGAGGAAGAGCAGAAUAAAAAGGUGGUGAGCAAGGAGGAUUCCACAGAGAAAGGUAAACCUGCCUGUAUAGUCGAUGGAAGAGAAGCAAGAGCGUUGGACGUUUUCUGGUUUUUAAAACCUUGCACAACACUUUCCAGCUAAAACAUUGAGCAACAAAUUACAUCCAUUCUUUCAUUCUUUCGAUUCUUUUUCUUAGUUCUUUGUUACCGUUCGUUAAUUGUUUCGCCCUUGUGGUCUACAGUUUUAAUUUGCUUCAGACAAUUGUAGCUUUGCUAAAUAAAACUGUAAUGUACCGAGCACACCCACACAAUAAUUGUACUGUGCUCAGCUCCCAUGAAUAAGCUUUCGAUAUUCAGCAUUGAGUUUCAUGCA